AUCAAGCCCAAUAGAUGAAGUUGAAUCACUGCACCUCCAUCUCCUAGUUUAGGAAACCAUUUCUUCAAACUCCUUUUAGCAGCAAACAUCCAAAAGCUCCGACGGCCAAAUGUGGCGGCGUUUUCUAGCCACCGCUGGUACAGCUACGAGCCACCACCAUUUAUCCAAUCUCACUCCAAUCACUGCCGUAUUAGCAAACGAAACCUCCCGGUUUUACUCCGCUAAACCCUCGAAAUCGACACUUGCAAAGGUGAAAAAGAAGUUCAAAAGCGAUGGAAAAUCCGACGACGUUGGCGGCGGCUCUUCGGCUGAGCUGGACGCUGAAAUGGAAGGGGAUCAACUCCGUAUAAGGUUGCUGGAAGAGGAUGACAAGGAUAGGUCGCUUGAUGUGGGCCUCAAUGGUCUCCCUCUCUUCACUUCCACCUCUUCUCUCUCUCUCCUCUCGCGCAAGGAUACUUGCUCUUACAUGAAAUUCAGGUUGGAGGAUUUGAAUGCUGCGGUGCCGGAGGGAUUGCCGAGUGGGAUGUUGAAGGAGUUUGAUGAUUCAAAACGAUGCGCUUUGCUUGUUCGACAGAGCUUUUUGGAUCUUCGUGAUAAUUUCCGGCGCAUUGUUGAUCCCCCUACUUGGUCCUCUUCUUCUGGUAAAGCACCAAAACUUAGAAAACAGAUUGUCUUGGAUGGUCCUCGUAGCUGUGGCAAGAGUAUUGCACUUGCAAUGCUUGCUCAUUGGGCUCGUGAUGAAGGCUGGCUGGUCUUUUAUUCCCCCAAAGGUCGUGAUUGGACUCAUGGUGGAUUUUUCUAUAAAAACCCAGAAACUGGUCUUUGGGAUUCCCCUCUUCAGGCUGAAAAUAUUCUGAAGGACUUCCUCAAAUUUAAUGAAACCUGCUUGCAAAAAAUUCUUUGUCAAUCAUCUGAUCCUAUUCCACUAGGAGAAGGCGCCGGUGUGGGAUUCUUGAAAGGAGCAGAUUCCAUGGCGAUGCCAGAGGGUUCAACUUUAUAUGAUCUAAUCCAGAUAGGAAUUACUCAUACACAUGCUGCGGUUGGUGUGCUAGUCCGUUUGCGAAAGGAGUUAUCGCUGGUGAAAGAUGUUCCGGUACUUCUUGCGAUUGACCAAUACAACAAUUGGUUUACGUUUAGUGAAUUUGAAGAAGUUGUUACACCUCGCUCUUCAAGACCAAUUCACGCUAAAGAGAUUGCAACUGUAAAUGCAUUCAGACCUAUGACGCAUGAUGACAUGAUGGUUGGUGCAUUCUCACAUUCAACGGCAGUGGGGAAGCUGCGUAAAGACUUGCCUGAUGUACCAGAUAAUGCUCGUGUUGAUUUCCCUCGGUAUACCCUGGAUGAAGCUGCAGCUGUUUGCCAUUAUUACGUUAGGCAAAGGCUUAUCCGCCGAGAAGUUUUCACAGAAGAGAAGUGGAAGAAGAUGUAUUAUCUUGCAAAUGGAAAUGGAUCAGAGAUGAGAUGGCUAGCACCCUUAAUGUGGUGAAUUAUGUACAAUCCAGUUGUCGGUUUGACUAUUCAGCUAUACAUCCCAAGUCGGUACUACAUAUUUUGUACCUUACCAUCCUGAUUGCUAGCACCAGGAAUAAGCUAGGUCCUGAUGUUUCCUUGUAAACCCCAUGGAGUGGUAGCAGUUUUUUUUCUUUUUUUUGAAGUAAUUCUCCGUAUUCCCUCUUCCCCCAAAUAGUUAUUUUGUCUCUCACUUCCUUUCUUUUGAGGGUUUUGAAACCAAAAAGAAAAAAGCAGAGAACUCCAUUGGCCUGAAUUUCAGGGCUUAAUUUUGUAUCUACUAUGCAAUUGAUGAUAGAUAUGUUUUUUGGUCUAUUAUUCUUUGGGAAUGUUAUAAAUCUUGAAUCUUGAUGGUUCUACUCUUGCUGAUUUAUUCUAUUGUCACUAUCUUUCUUUUA